AUGGAGAGAUUGCUUAAGAGAUUCAGAUAUGAGCUCCAUAGCCAUUGGAAGGAGGUCUUCGAUGCAUGUGGACUGAGGGGGGCACAUGAGACACCCCAUAAAAAUAUUUUAUGCCAUGAUUGGGAUCUCCUCUGCAACAAGUAUGAGGACCCUACAUACCAGGUCUUUUGCGAUAGGAAUGCACAGAACCAAUCGAGGCUCAUGAUGGUACAUUAUGGCAGAUCAAAGUCAUUUGUGCAACAUUAUUAUGAGCUGGUGGUGAAGAUACCCAGUGCAUUCACUUCUUUGAAGAACUACUUGGGUUCAUACACUUUUCCUUUGAUGGAAGAAAUACGUGCUGACAUGCAUUCUAGCUUGGAAGCUUUAUCCCAAGUACCUUUUGUCAAAAUAUUGUCACUUGACAAUACUAAGAGACAUGAGCAAUGUAUGUAUGAGAUUGUCGUUGGUGACGUUCCGGCAAAUGUUCCAUCUCCUGAUGUCAAUGGAAACUACAUUCCAAACAAGGGUGAUAUAUUUCUCUUGUCAGAUGGGAGACCUGUUCAUGUUUCUGAUCUCACUAGGAAUGGGAGAUCAUAUCGUAUCGCCUUAAUUAUUACGGGUGGAAAAUACGGUGACCUACCACCUAAUAUGUUUGUAAUUAGAGCAUCAAGCAGCAUAGAAGUUUCAGAAUAUAGAAAAAAGAACAAGAAAAGAAGCCCACUGUUUGCUGUUUACUUGUUAAACAUCACAACAUACUGUCAUAUUUGGAAGGCACUGGACUUCAAGUUGUCUCCGCUUCGAAAUCUGAACCUUGUCAAGAAGAUUUUACAUUUUGAUCCAUUGGUUGCUGGAUUUGAUGAUAUCUCUAUGUCUGAAGAAUUCAGAUACAUCCAUGACAGACGCAUACAGAACAAUUUGUCUGCAUUGAAGCUCAACGAAUCUCAAACUAAUGCAAUAUUAACUUGUAUUUCAGCAAGAGAGUGUCAGAACAAGAAUUCCAUUAACCUUAUCUGGGGGCCCCCUGGCACGGGGAAAACUAAAACAAUUAGUGCCUUGCUAUGGAUUCUGAAAGAAAUGAAAUGCAGAACAGUUGCUUGUGCACCUACAAAUGUUGCUAUCAAGGAACUUGCCUUGCGUCUUUUAAGAUUGGUUAAAGAGUAUGCUGCAGAUGGCAGUUUGGGAGAUAUUAUAAUGUUUGGGAAUCAAGAUCGGAUGAGGGUAGAUGGCAUUCUUCAAGACAUGUUUUUGGACUUUCGUGUGAAGAGGCUUUUAGAGUGUUUUGCACCAAAUACUGGUUGGAAGCAUUGUCUGAAUACAAUGACAAGAUUUUUCGAGGAUGGUUUUACUUGGUACCGGUCAUAUUUGGAAAGUAACAAGGAUACUGUUGAGAUGACUUUUCAGGAUUUUGCUAGACGAAAGUUUGCUUCGGUAUCGAAGGAAUUAACUAGAUGUUUAAAGACAUUACAUCUGCAUCUGCCAAGUGCUUCCAUUUCAGAAGCAAACACCACAAACAUGAAGAUGGUUCUUGAAUUGCUCGAAAUUUUCAGAGAACUUCUCUGUAAGAAAAAUAUUGGCAAUAGCCUUGUAGAGAUCUUUGCUUCUACCGAUGAAGAAAAAGGUAUAGCAUUUGUAUCUCAUGGUAUGGUUAGUUCUGGGAAAAAUGAUUCCACUACAAAAUCAAGGCUUCGCAAAACUAGAGCUGACUGCUGUAGAAUCUUAAAAACUCUUGAAAAAUCACUUAAUCUUCCCAUAACCUCUUCCAAACCUGCAAUUACAUAUUUCUGUUUGCGAAGUGCUUGCAUUGUUUUCUGCACAACUUCUAGUUCAUCUAAAUUGUACAAAGUGAGGAUGAAAAAAUCAUUGGAAGUGCUAGUUAUUGAUGAGGCUGCCCAGUUGAAGGAAUGUGAAUCAUUGAUUCCCUUACAACUCAGUGGCAUAAGACAUGCUAUUCUUAUUGGCGAUGAGUGUCAAUUGCCUGCAACAGUGAAAAGCAAGGUUUCUGAGAAUGCACUGUUUGGAAGGAGUCUUUUCGAGAGGUUGAGUUCAUUGGGACACAAGAAACACCUUCUUAACAUGCAGUACAGGAUGCAUCCCUCCAUAAGUAUUUUUCCGAAUGCCAACUUUUAUGACAACAAAAUUUUGGAUGCCCCAAAUGUCAUUCAUAACAACCAUUCACGAAUAUAUCUUUCUGGACCCAUGUAUGGUCCAUAUUCUUUUAUAAAUAUUGAAUUUGGAAAGGAGAAAUGUGAUGAUCUUGGACAUAGCAGGAAAAAUAUGGUUGAGGUAGCUGUUACCUUGCAAAUAUUGGGCAAACUUCGUCAAGCAUGUGGUAGAAUGCAGAAAAGACUUAGUGUUGGGAUCAUUUGCCCUUACACUGCCCAAGUUAAUGCAAUUCAGGAGAUGUUGGGAAAAGAUUAUCAGAAGAAUACAAACUUGGCUGUGAAAGUCAGUUCAGUUGAUGGGUUUCAAGGUAGUGAGGAGGAUGUGAUCAUAUUAUCUACUGUGAGAUCCAAUGCCUCUGGUUCUGUUGGUUUUCUUUCUAAUUCUCGGCGAGCAAAUGUGGCUUUGACCAGAGCAAGAUAUUGUCUUUGGAUUCUGGGGAAUGGACCUACUUUACUGAACAGUGGAUCUAUCUGGGAGAAGGUAGUCUGUGAUGCAAGGGAUCGUGGAUGUUUCUUCAAUGCAAAUGAAGAUGAGGCCAUUGCCAAUGCAAUCACUGAUGCACUACAUCUGAAUAAGAUAGGGAUAGGGAAGAAGAAAUUCGAAGGUAUAUUCUUUCCAAAAACUCAUUUUGAUUCUAUUUCACCAAAAUGCCUGGAAAAUUUGGAGCCAAGGAAGCAUACAUCGGGUCGGUUGCUUCCAUGUAACUCAGGAAAAGACUGUGAAGAUUCUACAGCUAAUUUAAGGACUGAAACAAAAACAAGAAAGAAUAUGGCGAAGAAGUGGCAAGUGAAAUAUACUGAUUCAAAGAAAGAACUAAUAUGUCAUUCAAGCUCCAGCGCAGACAGCAAGACUUAUUCAACUUGUUAUUCCUGA